UAGGUGGUCGUGGGAGAGAUGUCGCCGACUUAAAGCUCGGACAAGACUCGCGGUUGUGGCCUCAGGCUGCACCGCACCUCUCCUCGCAACAUUCCCUACAUCUAGUUCCAGCACUCGCCACUUUCUCUGCUCGAUCGAGACAAUCUCUUCACCGUCAUGGCAUGCCACUAAGCGACUUCUCAAUAUCAUGAUGUCUCGUGUAGAAGCCGACCUGGGCAGCGUUGAGCUUGCGUCCAAAGAUUCCGGACUGCGCCUUCGUCUGUCUAGUCGUGCCACCUUUGUUGCAUCCGAAGAGGAUGACGUCGAUCGUGUUCGCUCUGAGCUGACCUCCCGUUCUCUAAACAUUUCCAGCAAUCCGCCCUUGUGGACGACAUGGGCCUCUGAUUUCCAGUUGCGGCUGGAGUUGCCCGCCUCACACGUCCUCGAUGUGGAGUCUCAACCGGCUCUGAUCGAGACCUUGGCUGCAAGGCUGAAGAACGCAGAGCUAUGGCAACAAUUAUGUUUGGCGACCACGACGAUCGAGCACCAAGAGUCGACCAAGGAUGCCCAGCUCAUCACCAUCCAUCUGGCUCCAGACACCAGCUCAACUCACCCUGCCACGCCCAGAAUGCACAAGCUGGGCGUUGAUGUGCCUCAUCUCGAUAUCCAUCCGCCCGAAGGUGUCCGUCAUCUUAUCCUGGAAUCUGUCCAUCUGACUUUUGAAUUCGAGCAGAGUCGUCAAUGGAAGCGGAGGAAGGAUGCCCGACCGGCAGGUAUACCCACGAAUGCCCAAGCUGUUGGGGACUCACAAAUGACACUUUCCGCUGCAAACCUUGAGCGCGGAGCUGUUUCUUACUGUCGGCCGGACGAAGACGAACCUCCUGCGCACUUGUCGGUGUGGAAUGAUUGGAUGUUGUACGAUGAUGGCGAGCUAGCAGAGCCAAUGGACGACAUCAUGUUGUUGACUCCAGACUACAUGGAGGACGACGCCGGUGGCGGGUUCGACUCUUCAUCGUCAGCCGUAGCGAAGAGCGACGCAGCUAUGCACCUCAUUGACGCUGCAAUCCGAGUUGCAAUCACAGAAUCCCCGCGAGCCCUGGGCAAUGGGGUGGCCAUCACAGCUCUACAAUCGUUCCGCCAGCUAUCUGAAGUGGCGCCAGCGCUGUGGUCCCCCGGCUUUCUCUCGAAUGUGGCAACCCGUGCUGUCUUUCUGCCCACCAUCCGGUGUGCACUGGGGAUGGUCUGCAGCAUGCAGGAUAGCAGAUUUGACAGCUCACUCGAUCCCAACGUUGCUGCAAAGAGACGCUACGUCUCACCAGAUACGCCUUCCGUACUUCUAUGGCGGAUGCUGGCCAGUGGUAGCUACCGUCCACACGCGGCAAGGAGGCUCGAGCCGCUGAGCGAUGGCAGAGGAGACACAGGCACCGAUCAUGAUCUCGGUUAUGAACUCCUUGACUCAAGCCAAGACAGUUGGACAGACGUAAGGUACGAGGCAGAGCUCAUUGAAGACUUUGAUUUGAUGGAAGACCGAGAAGACGAGGAAGACAUUCUAGACUUCUACGAUCUCGAAGACCAUGCCACGGCGGACUGGCAAGAGCAGACUGAAGAAUAUCUGACAGACGGGGCGAGUUCCUGGAGCCACGAAGAAUGUCUUCUCGAGGACGAUGAUCUGUGGGAAGAUGAAGAUUGUCUCAUUGAGAAUAUAUGGCAUUGAAGUGAAGCGCAGGAAUGAACUGAAUGAACUGAAGCGCGUGCGUGGCAUGUGACCGCAGCUGUAUAUAUUCUUCUUUCUUCUAUUCUUCUCCUUCUCUUUUACAACAACCU